UCCGCACGUUUGACGGGACGAGGUGUACUUCUGUUCCGCUUUUUUUUGCUCUUUAUCGGUGGGUGUAUCCGGUUUUCGUUUGGCGGUGUUUCUAUGAUCAGUUAGUUGUUGAAGUGUUGUGUUUGUGUAAACUGAUAUAUUUAUGGAAUGUCGACUAUCUUUACUCUGUAUAUUAUUACUGGAUGCCCUGUGCAAUGUAGAUGUGAUCUGCUGAUAAUUGCAACAAUGGUGACAAUCAAUCAAAAGUAAUACUCUUCAUGAAUUUUGUGAUGGAAGUGAAAUAAUAGUGGUGUCGUUUCUAUUGCCCAGCACCCCGGACCGAGAGCGAGAGAAAAACCAUUUUUUGUGUGUGUGUUUGUGUAUGUGACUCAGACUGUACUGCAGCCUCGCUGUGGAAAAGAAGGAAAAUAUCGACUAGGAGGCAAAAAAUCAGAUAUUUCCAAUCACCUCACCGAACACUGUUUGCACCCGUGGAAGACCCAGAUGCGUGUGUCUAGUGAUAAUUGACUUGCUAUCGGUUCCGGAAGUGACGUUUCUGACACAUUUCUAACACCACAGCGAAAAUGUGGUGCCACUGUUAGUGAUUCCGGAGGAUCAGUUCUAUUUCUUUUUUUCUCGGAUCGUUCAAUUUCGUUCAAGUGUUUCGGAAAAGUUGAUUGCAAUGCGAAUAAAAUAUCGAGACGAAUUAGCAAACAAUCAGAACCUGGUGCAAUGGAUCAUUUCCUUCGACGUUGACUGUGUAGACCGGAUAGCCACCAAAAUCGGCACGUUUCCGAACCGAACGAUACUGUCGGCUGUUGGCCGGAAGUGGUACUAAGCAAUGAGCAGUGUGAAAAAAGUGUGCAAUGUUUUCAUCGUUUGGUUUGUUUUGAAAGUUGUUGGAAGAAUCGUCUGCCUGCCGGAUGUCCGUGCCACAUGCCGAACGGUACCGGGACUGACGCGCGAACAGUUGGAACUGUGCUACAGGGCGAGCGAUGUGACAGCGGCGGCAAUCGAAGGACUCGAACUGGCCGUCCGCGAGUGUCAACAUCAGUUCCAGUGGCACCGGUGGAACUGUUCGUCGUUAAGCACCAAAAGCCGAAAUCCACACACGUCAAACAUGCUGAAGCGAGGCUACCGUGAGAGUGCCUUUGCGUACGCGAUCGCCGCGGCCGGAGUAACCCACAGUGUGGCACGAGCCUGCGCUCAGGGUCGAUUAAUUUCCUGUGGUUGUGAUCCAGCCGUGAACCGGAAGGGGAUGACCAAAUCACUGCGGGAAAGCUUGGAGAAGGAGAAGCUGCGGUUUCUGGACGCAAUCAACGAGAACAGUGUGCUGGUAGAUGACAGUUUCAAGAAGCUGAAAACUAAGCAGGCCAGUCGUUGGAAGUGGGGUGGGUGUUCUCACAACAUGGCGUUCGGUGCGGAAUUUUCUGAACUGUUUUUGGAUACAAGGGAAAAGGGUGGUGAUAUUCAAUCACAGAUUAAUCUACACAACAAUCAUGCUGGACGACGGGCUGUCUCCAACAAUAUGCAGGUUCGUUGUAAGUGUCAUGGAAUGUCCGGCAGUUGCCAGCUAAAGACUUGCUGGAAGUCGGCUCCGGAUUUUCGAAUCGUCGGAAAGGUUCUCAAGCAGCAGUACCGCAGGGCGAUUCUCGUGGAUCAGUCCAAUCUAGGAAAUGGACCACCAAUGAUCGUGUAUCACAAACCAAAGAAGCGAAAACAUACCCACAAUAUACGACCACCACGGCGUACCAAGGACAAGCCUCAUUUGCUGGUUCCGAUCAAUCGAACCAAUCGCAAGAUGGAGAAUGCUUUGUUCUACUACCAAAGAUCGCCCAACUUUUGCGAACGGGACCAGAUUUCGGAUAUUCCAGGAACGGUUGGUCGCCGGUGCAACCGAACCAGUGGCGGCAGCGAAGGAUGCGGCUCGAUGUGCUGCGGUCGAGGCUACAAUCUGGUCCGGGAGAAGCGAGUGGAUCGCUGCAACUGCAAAUUCCACUGGUGCUGCUACGUCGAGUGCGAUGACUGCGAAAUCGAGGAGUGGAUUAGUGUUUGCAAUUGAGGACAAAUUGUUCAGUGCCGGUUCCCCGCCUCCUUCGAUUGGCUCGGACCCGAGAAAUCGAGGCAGUUAUCAAGUUACGCAACAAUUGUGAAACAGUAUAUCGAAGAAGCUAAUCGGACCCGGCCGACUCUAUCGACAGGACGGCAGCGAAUCUAAAGUGAGAUAAAAAUUUAAUUGCACCCGCGUGCGUCGAAUGCUGAAGAUGGAAAACCGAAGGCCGGUGCUAGGAUAAGCGGCUCGUGUAGUUAGUAAGAAAUGAAAACGGUGAAUGCCCAUACGAACUGAAGUGAAUGGACAGUGUUGUUUAUGCUUGACAGAAACGAGCCGGGCGGAAUGCGUCCAAGUGACUUUAAUUAGUGUUUGAAUAAAAUAUUUUGACCAAACAUGAGCGCAUACAGGAAACCCGAGCAGUAUUACUUAGAAUGGAACAGAUUAAUCGAAAACUACUAACCGUAGCUAAUCGCAGUAUUUGUACAUUUAUUGACCUUUAUCGUAAUUCAUUUAAUUUUCAUUUCAGUCGAAUAGUUUAAUUUAUUUGUUCUUCUGUACCUGUAAAUAUCAUUCACAUUAGAACUAAGCUUGCAUGAAUUUGUACACAUAUUAGAUUAUGAUCGUGAGACAACCUUUAACGAACAAGAAAAGCUACCCACUUUUCCGUAAUACUUUGAGUUUCAAAUGAUUAAAUGAUAAGACAACCGAUAAAAAAAAUACAUGUGAGUAUUAACUAA